UCCCAGGGCGGUCAUGCCAGGCUUACGGGGCGCAGUGCAGGCUCCCGCUGCUGGGGGGAGAGCUGGGUUUUCAUGGGGAGGCAGCUGAGACAGGACCCGCAGCCAUGAACCGCUUCCAUGGGCUCUGCAAGGUGUGCUCAGAACGCCGCUACCGGCAGAUCACUAUCCCGAGGGGCAAAGAUGGCUUCGGCUUCACCAUCUGUUGUGAUUCUCCAGUUCGAGUUCAAGCCGUGGAUUCUGGGGGCCCAGCAGAGAGGGCAGGACUGCAGCAGCUGGACACACUGCUACAACUGAAUGAGAGGCCUGUGGAGCACUGGAAAUGUGUGGAGCUGGCACACGAGAUCCGGAGCUGUCCUGGUGAGAUCAUCCUGCUUGUGUGGCGCGUGGUCCCCCAGAUCAAGCCAGGGCCGGAUGGUGGAGUUUUGCGGCGGGCUUCCUGCAAGUCCACACAUGACCUCCUGUCACCCCCUAACAAGAGGGAGAAGAACUGUACCCAUGGGGCCCCAUCCCGUCCUGAGCACCGCCACAGCUGCCACCUGGUGUGUGACAGCUCUGAUGGGCUCCUGCUUGGCGGCUGGGAGCGCUACACCGAAGUGGGCAAGCGCAGCGGCCAACACACCCUGCCUGCGCUGUCACGGGCCACCACCCCUACCGACCCCAACUACAUCAUCCUGGCCCCGCUGAAUCCCGGAAGCCAGUUGCUGCGGCCUGUGUAUCAGGAGGAUGCCAUCCCCGAAGAACCAGGGACUACCACUAAAGGGAAAUCGUACACCGGCCUGGGCAAGAAGUCCCGACUGAUGAAGACAGUGCAGACCAUGAAGGGCUACAACAACUACCAAGAUUGCUCAGCCCUGAGACCACAUGUCCCGCAUUCAAGCUACGGCACCUAUGUCACCCUGGCCCCCAAAGUCCUGGUGUUCCCUGUUUUUGUUCAGCCCCUAGAUCUCUGUAACCCUGCCCGGACUCUCCUGCUGUCGGAGGAGCUGCUGCUGUAUGAGGGGAGGAACACAGCUUCCCAGGUGACACUGUUUGCCUACUCAGACCUGCUGCUCUUCACGAAGGAGGACGAGCCAGGCCGCUGUGACGUCCUGAGAAAUCCCCUCUACCUCCAGAGCGUGAAGCUACAGGAGGGCUCUUCAGAAGACUUGAAAUUCUGUGUGCUGUACCUGGCAGAGAAGGCAGAGUGCUUGUUCACUUUGGAGGCUCACUCGCAGGAGCAGAAGAAGAGGGUGUGCUGGUGCCUGUCAGAGAACAUUGCUAAGCAGCAGCAGCUGGCUGCAUCACCCCCGGAGAGGAAGAUGUUUGAGACAGAGGCAGAUGAGAAGGAGAUGCCCCUGGACGAGGGGAAGGGGCUAGGUGCCGAGGAGCCUACACCCACCAAAGACGUCCCUCCCAGCCAGGAGCUUCCUGUGGGGCAAGACCUCCCACCCAGCAAGGACCCUUCUACAGGGCAAGAAGCAGCUCCUGGCCCAGAGUCACCACCCAGUAAAGACACAGCUACCUGCCAAGAACCCCCUCAAAACUCAGAAACCUCAGAAAGCAAGGACUUCCCACCAUGCCAGGGAUCUCCUCCAACCACAGAACUCCCAUCUUGCCAGGACCCUCUGCUCUGCCAAGAGCUGCCUGUCAUCCUAGAACCCUCUGCUUCAGUCCAGAACUUUCCACCAUCUCAGGGGUCUCCUCACAGCCAGGGCUCCCCGCCAGAGAAGGUCCUUGAUGAACAGACCACCAGCUCCGGGGAGCAACCAGCAACCACUGCAGCUGUAUCCUCAGCCUCCAGGCCUAACUUUGUGAUCCCCGAGGUCCGGCUGGAUAGUGCCUACAGCCGACAGGAUGGGGCCCAUGGGGGCAGCUCUGGUGAGGAUGAGGAGGCAGAAGAAGUGGAGGAAGACGAGGAAGAGGACACCAGCGAUGACAACUAUGGGGACCUUGGCGAGGCCAAACGCAGCAGCCUGAUUGAGACUGGCCAAGGUGCUGAGGGCGGCCUCUCAUUGCGUGUGCAGAACUCGCUGCGGCGCCGGACGCACAGCGAGGGCAGCCUGCUGCAGGAGACCCGUGGGCCCUGCUUCUCCUCUGACACCACCUUACACUGCUCUGACGGUGAGGGCACCACCUCCACCUGGGCCAUCCCUUCACCCCGCACCCUCAAAAAAGAACUGGGUCGUAAUGGAGGCUCCAUGCACCACCUCUCCCUGUUCUUCACUGGGCACAGGAAGAUGAGUGGGACUGACCUUGGGGAUGAUGAUGAAGCCUCCCGGAAGAGAAAGAGCAAGAACAUAGCCAAGGACAUGAAGAAUAAGCUGGCUAUCUUCAGGAGGCGGAAUGAAUCUCCGGGGGCCCAGCCAGCCGGCAAGACAGACAAGACAACGAAGUCCUUCAAGCCUACCUCGGAGGAAGCCCUCAAAUGGAGCGAGUCCCUGGAGAAACUGCUGCUUCACAAAUAUGGCUUAGAAGUGUUCCAGGCCUUCCUUCGCACUGAGUUCAGUGAGGAGAACCUGGAGUUCUGGCUAGCGUGCGAGGACUUCAAGAAGGUCAAAUCACAGUCCAAGAUGGCAGCCAAAGCCAAGAAGAUCUUUGCCGAAUUCAUUGCAAUCCAGGCUUGCAAGGAGGUAAACCUGGACUCAUACACACGGGAACACACCAAGGACAACUUGCAGAGUGUCACCCGAGGUUGCUUUGACCUGGCGCAAAAACGCAUCUUUGGGCUCAUGGAAAAGGACUCAUACCCUCGCUUCCUCCGCUCUGACCUCUACCUGGAUCUCAUUAACCAGAAGAAGAUGAGUCCCCCACUCUAAGGACCACUAGUAUCCAGCUCAGUGUUCACACCAAGUGGAGCGGGCUCCCUGCCCGCCAGCGUCCCUCCCCUGUGACGGAGGGGGCAAGCAAGCCCCCAGAGGCUGUGUCUCGAGACAGACAGAUGGACAUUUGGAUUCGAGGCCUGGACUGAGAGAGACCCAGGCCCCUACAGGAGUAGGAGGAUAGGACAUCAGGUCCUUAAUGCCUCGGUACGAGGGGACCAAGGGCCCUGGCAAGUCAGGGGCCCUGGCGGAACCAGAUCAGGAGCUGUGGCUCCAUGCUUUGGAGAUCUGGAGACUUCACACUGACCAAGUUCCUAAGAGAACUGGCUGUGCGGGAGGGGGACAGGGGGCCCAGGCCUGGGCUCUGGGGUCAUCCUGGGGGCUGUUGGGGCUCACAGCUCAGAUCCUCCCCAAAUGAAUUUUAUUUAUUUAAACCGUAGUUGGAUGCUUGGCACAUGAACUGUCAUAGGAGACCUUCUCCCUGUCGGUUUCCUUAACUUACAAGUGCAAUAUCUUAACCAAUGCCUUGUUAGUGCCACCUGUAGGGGUGGCCUUCAUCCUACAGUUUCAGGGCAUCUGCUGGUCCCAGGAACCAGUGGUGGCAGCUGGGCCUUCUAGAUUGAUAAGGCCUUGGGGGGGGGGUGCUGCAGAAAUCUGGCACCCCCUAGGUGGGUCCCUCAAGAGAUCUGGGGAGGCAUAGUGCCCUCUGGCCACAGAGUAACGAGUGCUGGAACAAAUAAACGGCCUGUGUUAUUCUCA